AUUAGUAGAAACUCGUUACCGAUCGAGACUGCUCGGCUUCAAUUGAUCGAACUCAUAACCUCUCGCUGUUACCUAGCCGGAGGAGAAAAAACUGAGUUUAUCUAUUUGCUCCAUUUGUUUUCCACUCCAAUUAUUUCUAGUGGAACCAUCUCCAAAGCCAGAUAAGGGAGAAUCGUAGAUGUUGAGUACCAACAUCAAUCCAUCGGGAAAUCCAAUACCUAGUUCAUCAGUUCUUAUUGCAGCAUCGAAGCACAUCGCCUUUAAAUGCCGAGCUGAGAACAUGGCCUUCAUCAAGUGUAAGAAGAAGGAUCUAAACCCAAAAAAAGUCUUGACAAGGACCGUGAAGUCACCUAUUGCAUCCUAUGUCUUCAACGGUUGUCCAAUAUGCACCUGGUGAAAGGUUUUAUCAUAUUUUUUAUCAACUUUGUACUGGUGCUUCAAAAUCUCUUAAAGGAGAUUCUUUCAAUUGGAAAAGGCUUUGCAAUAUCAAGUGGGAAGCCAAAGAGUUCAUUCAAUGGGGUUUGGCGUUGGGAACAUUUACUUUUGGCAGGAUAAGUGGCUGGUUAAUUUUUCUAUUGACAGCCUUUUAAACACUCAUUCCACGUCUAAUAUUAAAGUCAAAAAGUUCUUUAUUAAUGACACUUGGAAUUUGAACAUGCUUGCUAAUAUGAUUCCUGGUACCAUCAUUAGUUUAAUUACUAUGAUUUCUAUUUAUAGGGGGGGGGGGAGAGGACUGCAUUUUAUUUAAUCGUUCCAAUGAUGGCCGGUCUGUCACUAAAUUUGUGUGGAACUCGAUCAGACAAAUCCUGCCUAAAAACUUUAUUUAUGAUGUUAUUUGGCAUGCUAAUAUUCCUCCUCUUUACUCCUUUUUACUUUGGAGAAUUUUACACAACUAUUUACCUGUUGACUUUAUUUUGAUGAAAAAAGGUUUGAUUAUUGUUUCUAAGUGCCAAUGCUGCUACCAUAUCGAAAAUCUUAACCAUGUUUUCAUCAAUGGCCCUAUUGCUACUAAAGUGUGGAUUUACUUUGACAAUAUCUUCAAUGUGAUUACCUCUUUUCAUUAUGAUUCGAUUACUUCUUUGCUUAAAGAUUGGUUUCUUCCUAUCAAAGGUCAUAUUAGAAAUUUAAUCCCUAUUAUUAUCUGUUGGUAUUUAUGGGAAAUCCGGAAUAAUUCCAAACAUGAGAAUAUUGGGAUGAAUGCUUUGAAUGUUAUUGCUAAAGUGAAGAACAAGGUUCUUCAACUCUUUGUGGCGAAGUUAAUUACUGUUGACUCCUUUAAGAAUUGCAUUCCUGCUGCUAAUGAUUUAGGCUUGAAGUUUAUUGUUCAGCUUAUCAUCAAAACUGAGAAAUUGGUUUAUUGGAAGCGCCCUGUUUAUGGCUGUUUUAAACUAAAUAUGGAUGGCUCUUAUAAUAACAGCACGGCUGGCUGUGGUUGCAUUAUUCGUGAUUAUAAUGGUAUGGUUGUUGCGGCUUAUGCUGGCCCGUCUUCUGGUACUAAUGCUGUUCAAGCUGAAACUGAUAGCCUCUUGUAUGGGAUUCAAUUACGUUCUUCUCUUGGCAUUACUAACAUUUGGGUGGAAGUUGAUGCCUUGCUUUUACUUCAUUAUAUUAAUGGAAAUUCAAUUUCAAACCCAACUAUUUUUUACAAAGUUAGAGACAUUAAGCAUUGUUUCUCUCCUAUAAACUACUCUCUAUCUCAUAUUUUACGAGAGGGGAAUGCGGUGGCUGAUGGCUUAGCUAAGAUGGAGUGUUCCAUGACUGAUUUUCUGCAUUUUAAUGAUAAUUCUCUACCCAGGGAUAUCAAGGGGCUUAUCAAGUUGGAUCAGAUGGGAUUUCCGUAUAUCCGAUUUAAUUAAUUUGUCUUUAUCUUAUAUCUGCGGGAUUAUUCGCCUGUUCAUGCUUGCUAUUUUUGGUUCUUUGCGGGUGGCUGAUUCGGUUCGUCUCUCCUUGUUACAUAAUUCUUUUUCUGUUGAGUACUUAGUGUCUGAUCUCAAUGAUUUUUGUCUGGUUGUUGUGACCCGUGAGUGCUUCAAUUUUCUGUUGGUCAACAAUGUGGGGAUUGUUGGUAAUAGGCAUAACAGCAAUUUUCAAUCUUUCUCAAAUUGGAUUGUUUUAUCUGAUGUUGAAGUCUCGGUGUUCGUUUGCUAUGGUAGUUAGGGCAGUUUUAACUCUAUUUCGGAUCUGAAUUUGAAUAUUCCCUUUCUGCUUUAUAAUUGGGCUUUUUAUUUGGGGCAUCUUUGUUGUCCGGUGGAUGCCUGGAAGGAAAUUGAGUAUUAUAUUUGUGGGUAUAACUUUUAUGGCUGAAAUGUUACACCCGUGAGGCUUUGGAUUCUUGGCUGCAGGUAUUCCAAUGGGGCUAAUUUUUACAAACCAUGGAGCCUGACUAAUCUCUUAUAUCUUCAUUUUGGUAUACUUUAUUAUUGGUUGCUUUAUUUUUGCUUUAGUAUCCUUGCAGGCCUUUUUUUUAGGUUUUUGGAGCUCCACACUCGUUUUGUGAAGGAUACGAAUGCUGUUGGAAGGGCUAUGCUGAAAGUGAUUAUCUUACCCUUUUUUUUUUUGUUUCUUAGAAUGUUGCUAGAUUAUUAUGUAAUUUUGAUUAGUAGGGACCUCCAGCUCUUAGGCUUCUUUUUUAUUUUGAUUGUAGCUCUUCGGA